AUGAGAACCAAGGACGAAGUGUGUGAAGAGCCUGGAAACCUGUGUGUGGAAAAAUAUAAAGCCAUGUUCCAAGCCAAGGGUCCAGCCGGUACAACCUCCACUCAUGAGGCAAAAAGUGACUCCGGAACAUCCACAGUGCAGAGAUCCAAGUCGUUCAGCUUGAAGGCCCAAGUGAAGGAGACAUGCAGCGCCUGCCAGAAAACAGUCUAUCCCAUGGAGCGUCUGGUAGCUGAUAAAUUUGUUUUCCAUACCGCCUGCUUUUGCUGCAAGCACUGCCAUGCCAAGCUAAGCCUGGGCAGUUACGCAGCUCUUCACGGGGAAUUCUACUGCAAGCCACACUUCCAGCAGCUCUUCAAGAGCAAAGGCAACUACGACGAGGGCUUUGGGCGCAAGCAGCACAAGCAGCUCUGGUUGCAGAAAGAGGCACAAAAUGGGGCCGAGACAGCUUGACCUGCC